AUGGCUGCAUCCGCAAACAUGCGCAGCUCUGACACGGCCUCAUGGACGGACAAGAACCAAAAUCCCGUGGGUGCGCGUUACGCGGAUACGUCAAGUUCAGAUUCCUCUGAUGAUUUGUUUGCGGAUUUCAGUGACUGGUCGGACUCAGCAUACCUGCAGGACUCUGUGACUCGAAGGCGACGACAUGGUGUCUAUUUCCAUAGGCCUCCGGUUUGGGUCUCCAGUUCGGCUCAGGCGGAGGAUCAGGCUACGGCCUUUGCAGGCUGUAAAAUGUGUUAUAAAUCCGAGGAAGAGUGUAGUUGCGAUAGUGAUAGUCUCCGCAAGACUCUGGACGCCCUGUAUAAGGAACGUGGGUCUAACCCUUGGUCAAUAAACCAUGACCACGGCGUCUUCUGCAAAGUGACAGCUGCCACCGCGGAUACCCUUGCUAGUAUCGAUGCUAGUGUGUCAGUAUCAGCGGGUGUUCCACUUCUAGUAGGCUGGGAAACUUGCAAGCCAAAGUGGCGCAAAUCAACUUCAAUCACUGCGAGCAGCUGGCUGGACCGGCCUUUAUCUUCAGACGAGCCUUUGCCGAACAUUCGCCCAUCAGAGUGUUCCUAUCAUCAAGUGAAACCAGGUCUUUGCACACGCUUGAAAUUCCAAAAGGACAUACGGCUUGAUGCUGGGGAGAGAUGGGCUCUACAAGAAGGGUCACUAGUCAUUUGCAUCGAUCCCUCGUAUACUUUGCUUGACCACGAACGACAGUCUGAUGAAUUCACGAUCGUGGACGGCGAUGUCUACGUUGUUUGUCGCAUAUAUGCAGAUCUGUGGGCUCUUUGUGUCAAGGCUUCGUUCAUACCUCCGUGUGAACCUUCUAGUGGAACAAUGAACGACUCUGUCCGUCUGGGUUUCCUUCCUCUCUGUGCAGUGACAUUGGCGGCGAACUUUAGUGCCUUUUCAAGGAGAUGUUCCUGGGAUGCUCGUUGUAGUUCAAACGAGUCGAGAUAUCCUGGGAAUGGGUUGCCCGUCAUGCCUCCAUCUCGUUCUCACAGUCUCACUGCUAGCAAGCAAAUUUUCAAAGGGACCAAGCAUCGCCUCAUGUUACCUGGUAUAGCCUAUGAUGCCUUUCACAAUACAUCCUUAAGCAGUGAUUCGGAUUUUAUACCUCUUGACUCUACCCUUGAGCAAGUCCUUUCACGAGUAGGGAGCCAGAGACGUCGGCCCAUCCGCUCAAGAGGUCGCUUUUCCCUACACAAGAUUUGGAACGAUGUAAAGGCGUCAGGCAUCUGGAAGCACGAUCAAAUCAAAGGAUUGCGGCCUCAUAACCGGAGUUCAAAAACCUAGAUGUCGGAAGGGAGAGUUCGAACCUAUCUAGGUAGAAGGUGAAGGAGUAGUUUCCCACCAACCGAGAAUUUGAUGCGCCUGAUUAGGACGUCUUGGUAGAAGCCAUCGAAAUACCCGAAAGACCAUGGAAAUUGACAGCUUGGAUAGAUUUGGGGAAUUUAUUGCACCAAGGAACUAAUUCCUAGUCUCAAGUUGCAGAGUAUUUGUAAUUGUGGAAAAACGAAUGGAACCUUGUGUUGUGAAACGUUGACCUUCCAAAACA